CGCCGCCGCCUGGCUCAGGUCUAGUCCGUCGGACGCGGGCAGCCGGCGGUAGGCCAGGCCCAGGCCGAGAGACGAGGCCGAGGAGCAGGCGGCCGUGGAGGCCACAUUGCUGCGGGACAGCGACUGCGAGCGGAAGCUGCCCGAGCCUCCGGGCCCGGAGAGGCGCGUGGACAGGCGCGAGCCGUCCCCGAACACCUUGCGGUAGGAGGAGGAGGAGCACAGGUAGUGCUCUGAUCCGAAGCUCAUGGUGCCGGGGUCGGGGCCGGGCGCACGGCUGCGGCGGGACCUAGCGAGGACGCGAAGAAUUCAUCAUUCAAAUAAAAUGACAACCUCCUGGAGUGAUCGAUUACAGAAUGCAGCAGAUGUUCCUGCUAACAUGGAUAAACAUGCCUUGAAAAAGUAUCGGCGAGAAGCCUAUCACCGGGUGUUUGUGAACCGAAGUUUAGCCAUGGAAAAAAUAAAGUGUUUUGGUUUUGAUAUGGAUUAUACCCUUGCUGUGUACAAAUCUCCGGAAUAUGAAUCCCUUGGCUUUGAGCUUACUGUGGAGAGACUGGUUUCCAUUGGCUAUCCUCAGGAGCUGCUCAGUUUUGCAUAUGAUUCUACAUUCCCUACCAGAGGACUUGUCUUUGACACACUCUACGGAAAUCUCUUGAAAGUUGAUGCCUAUGGAAACCUCUUGGUUUGUGCACAUGGAUUUAACUUCAUAAGAGGACCAGAAACUAGAGAGCAGUAUCCAAAUAAAUUUAUCCAACGAGAUGACACUGAACGGUUUUACAUUCUGAACACACUAUUCAAUCUUCCAGAGACCUACCUGUUGGCCUGCCUAGUAGAUUUUUUUACUAAUUGUCCAAGAUACACCAGUUGUGACACAGGAUUUAAAGAUGGGGACCUCUUUAUGUCCUACCGGAGCAUGUUCCAAGAUGUAAGGGAUGCGGUUGACUGGGUCCAUUACAAGGGCUCCCUUAAGGAAAAGACGGUUGAAAAUCUUGAGAAGUAUGUAGUCAAAGAUGGGAAAUUGCCAUUGCUUCUGAGCCGGAUGAAGGAAGUAGGGAAAGUGUUUCUUGCCACUAACAGUGACUAUAAAUACACAGAUAAAAUCAUGACUUACCUGUUUGAUUUCCCACAUGGACCGAAGCCUGGGAGCUCCCAUCGACCAUGGCAGUCUUACUUUGAUCUGAUUUUAGUAGAUGCACGGAAACCACUCUUUUUUGGAGAAGGCACCGUACUACGUCAGGUGGAUACUAAAACCGGAAAACUGAAAAUCGGUACCUAUACAGGCCCCCUGCAGCAUGGCAUCGUCUACUCAGGAGGUUCCUCUGAUACAAUCUGUGACCUGUUGGGAGCCAAGGGGAAAGACAUUUUGUACAUUGGAGAUCACAUUUUUGGAGACAUUUUGAAGUCAAAGAAACGGCAGGGAUGGAGAACUUUCUUGGUGAUUCCUGAGCUUGCACAAGAGCUCCAUGUCUGGACCGACAAGAGUUCACUCUUUGAAGAACUUCAGAGCUUGGAUAUUUUCUUGGCCGAACUCUACAAGCACCUCGACAGCAGUAGCAAUGAGCGUCCAGACAUUAGUUCCAUCCAGAGACGGAUUAAGAAAGUAACUCAUGACAUGGACAUGUGCUAUGGGAUGAUGGGAAGCCUGUUUCGCAGUGGCUCCCGGCAGACGCUCUUUGCCAGUCAAGUGAUGCGGUAUGCUGAUCUCUACGCAGCAUCUUUCAUCAACCUGCUGUACUACCCCUUCAGCUACCUCUUCAGAGCUGCCCAUGUCCUGAUGCCUCAUGAGUCAACAGUGGAGCACACACACGUGGAUAUCAAUGAGAUGGAAUCUCCUCUCGCCACCCGGAACCGCACCUCCGUGGAUUUCAAAGACACCGACUACAAGCGGCACCAGCUUACCAGGUCCAUUAGUGAGAUUAAGCCCCCCAACCUCUUUCCACUGGCUCCCCAGGAGAUUACACACUGCCAUGAUGAAGAUGAUGAUGAAGAGGAGGAGGAAGAGGAAGAAUAAGGAGGCAAACUAAAACCCUGAGCACCCAUCCACAAGUCUGGCAGGACUCACGGGGCAAGGGUGGCCUUGUUUGGAUUCUGUUAGGGAGGGUGGGAGGACCUCAUCAAAAGUACAUUUGGAAAGUUUCUGAAGGCUUUAAAUAAUUCUAAUCAUAGCUACUCACUUCAGUUUUGUGUAUCUGUAUUCUCUGCAGAUUGUGCAGAACUGUAGGAAGAACAGGUACAAAGUCGGGCGGAGCUGCAUGCAGAUGGCACCCUGUGGUUGUGAUGGUGUCUCCUUGUCUGUCUGCCUCAUCAGUCUGUCAUCUGCACACACUAAGGGUAGGAGAGGGUUGCAGAGCCUAGAGCCUGGUGGGAAGAGGUGAGCCACAGUGCCGUAUUCCUACAAACCCCACUUUUCCAGUGUGUUAUACAGUAUUGUCCAUCAGUGGAGAGAAACCUUGUGUUCAUUAUCAAGUGUAGUCCUCUGUCAGGUCAAGUUUCCUUCCGUUAGCUUCUGGGUUUCCUCUGUGGCCCUGGCCAGGCUGCUGCUGUGUGGUGCCUUUGUGGGUCUCCCUGCUGGAAAGCGAUUCUAGACUAGACUAGAGGGGGUUGAAUUUGAGGCAGAAGUCCUCCUCGCUACAUUUUUAAAGAUUGGUAGCACAAAUGCUUUUUGUUAUAUGAAAACAAUCCUUUUGGGGAAUGUAGGUGAAGAUAGAAAGGUUCCCAGAGAACAGCAUGGGCUGCAGGAGCGCCCUGCUCCCGCCCACACAGACGGGAAGGGGCGCUAUAGCAAGAGGUACAGUCAGAAUCUGUUCCCUUGAGAAUCCUGCGGGAAAUGACUUCCUGCUCUGAAUACAGCAAGAGCCUGUGAAUACGAAGGCACGUGACUGCCUGCCAGUUCGGGGAGGUGCCCCGCCCACACUUGGAAGGGUUUUAACUCUCAGUUCUUUUUUUCCAUUCUUGGACCUGGUCACUAGGGUACUGGGCUGCUCUAGAGCUCAGAGAAGUGUAUGUCUAAUGCUGACAUCUGCCCGUGUGAGGUACAAUUGUCACAGCCUUUGUUGGGCCUCAGGUGGCUUUAGGGUUGGCAUCUCUUAAGGGAAAUGACAUUUUCAAAAUUGCUAACUAUAUCUGUAUCACUUUUAGUUAAAGAACAUGCUUUAUGUACAGUGUUUCAUAGGUAUAAAGAUUUUUUCACCAAG